UACCUCGGCCACGACCACCCACGCGAGCUCCCCAUCGGAAACCUCCGCACCGUCAACAUGGCCUUCCGCGACGACCCCGAGCACUUCGCGUUCUCCGGCAUACAAGCCUGGGCCGAGUGGAACGCCAUCCGCCCGCCCGCGGGCGGGUACGUCUACCUCGGGCAGACGUACCUCCCCCUCAGCGUCUCCAUGUGGCACGAGCUGCACUGCUUGAACCACAUCCGCACCAUCAUCGUGGUCGGGGACGACGGCUCGGACCACACGGAGCAUUGCUUCCACUACAUCAGGCAGCACAUUCUGUGCGCGGCGGACACGACGCUCGAGCCGCGGACGCAGGGGGGCAAGGGCGUCAUUCCGGGCGAGGGCGUCGCGCAUACGUGCCGCGAUUGGAAGCAGGUGGAGAGCUGGACGGAGGAGAGGCACAGUACGUGGACGCCAGAAAUGGCGGCCCGGUUGAAGGAGUCGUCGCCGGUGAUGAACAAGACGACGGAGGGGGGCGAGCGAGUAGCGCUGUAA